CUCCUUUCAACAUUCAGAAAUUACACCAAAAUGUCCGCCGACCAUACCAGAGAUCCCUGCCCCAUUGUGAUAUUGAAUGACUUUGGUGGUGCCUUCGCCAUGGGUGUUAUUGGUGGCUGUGUGUGGCACGGUAUCAAAGGGUUCAGAAACUCUCCCUAUGGUGAAAGAGGUUACGGAGCCAUCUCGGCCAUCAAGGCCAGAGCUCCGGUUGUCGGAGGUAAUUUCGGUGUGUGGGGUGGUUUGUUCUCUACUUUUGACUGUAGUGUCAAGGCUGUUAGAAAGAGAGAAGACGCCUGGAAUGCCGUCAUUGCUGGUUUCUUCACUGGUGGUGCUUUGGCCAUCAGAGGUGGCUGGAGGCACACCAGAAACUCGGCCAUCACUUGUGCCUGUUUGUUAGGUGUGUUUGAAGGGGUUGGUAUGAUGAUGUCGAGAGUGAUGGCCCAGCCGCAGAUCGCUCCUAUGUAUCCUGAGGAAUCCCCAAAGAUGGCAGCUUAAAGAAUGAAGACGUACAAUGAAAAGAAAGAAUUUGAUAAUGAAGGAUUUUAAGACGAAGAAAUUUCAAUGAUGAAGAAGAAUUUCAUGAUGAUGAAGAGUUUGAAGAAGAGUUAAAUAUGAAGAAACGAGAUCAGUAGAUAUCAUAGAGGUCUCAGGAUUUCGACAGAUGCCACCAUGGGACAUCAUGAUCGACAUGCAGAUAGUAAGGCUAUCCUCUUGUAUAUAGAGUUAUGUUAUUGCCAGAAGGCACUUCAGCAAUGUAUAUUAAUAAGG